AUUUCAUCUUUUCAAUCCUCCAUUUUUAUCGUAUAUUUUGAUAGGAUUAUCAUAAUUUAAAUUAUGACUAGUUGUCACAUUGGUGUAUUGUGCGGUGAAUUAUAAGUGUGUAUAUUUGUGAUUUACAUUAUCAUACAAACCACACAAAACAGAUAACACAAUGCCAAUCGGCAACGUUAGUAAGGACUCAGGUCCAAAGCGGGAAAGCUUUAGACCACCGUGGGUCAAAGAUAAGGACUCAGAAGCACCUCCACCAUGGCUUCAGAAGAAAUUGAAGCCAGUAGAUAGCCCGAAGCUUGCUUUGCCCGCCCAGGAAGAAUUUACUAUAAAACCAAUCAAACCUCUAUUAAAGAAACAAGCCACGAUUAGAGCAGAACCUACUAACGGUUCAUCUGAAACAUUAGAAGAGAAUCUAGUCAAGCCUUCCGCAGCGAAACAAGCUGAUAAGGCCUCCAGACCGGUAGGCGAAAAACCUCGAUUCACAAAAUCUUCUUUAAAAUCAACUGAAAAGUCAACUGAUGACAAACCUUCGCCGAGUAAGCCUGUGCAAAAAGUAAGCAUCGUUGACAAGGUCAAACCAGAUGAUAAACCCGUAGCCAAAGUAUCAAAACCCGAAGAUAAAACAGCAACAGCAAAGGUUCCUGAAAAACCAAUUCUAAAGAGUGUUAAAACUAUAGAUGAUAAAGCGAAAGAGAAAUCCGUUAGUAUUGUCGAUAGAAAAUCUGAUAAGAAUGAAACAGCAAAGCAAAAUACAUCAAAUGAUGUCACUUUAAAUGGUAAAGCAAUUCCAAAUUCGCUUAUUAAAGAAAAUAAACUAAACGAGAAACCGACAGAAAAGGUGAAAAAAGAAGACAAAUCAAACAUGGCGACGAAACCACCUACUCCUAUUGAAAAAUCUCCUUCAAAGCUGCCACCACGUAAACCCUUGCAAAAAGCGCCAUCAAAAGACGAUGUGAUGCUGAAAAAAUGGAGGGAUCCUCUACAUGAACGUGUCAAGGAGAACAUCGAUAAGACUCUAGCUAAUGAAAUACCCAAAGGACAUACACUUACCAAGAAUGAAAGCUUAAGAAGCUUACUGAAGCCUACGCCACCACCACCGCCGCCACCCGCACCACCAAAAUUGCCACCUCCACCGGACUUCAAAAAGCCACAAAUUGAUCCAAACAAGCUUAAAAAAAUUGAACAACUUCGUAGUAGACCUAGGAGACGUCCUGAUUGGAGUGACAUGAUGAAAGAGGUUGAGCAAGGAAGGAAAUUAAAACACGUUGUUUGCAAUGAUCGUUCGAGCCCCAUAAUAACAACAUCUGUCGUUGUGAAGAACAAAGGGCAGUUUAUUUUCGAGUCCGAGCAACCAAACUCACACAAUGAAUUACUUAAAGAGAUUUCUAAAGGUGUAAGAUUAAAGAAAGUUAAAUGUAAUGAUAGAAGUAAGCCAAACUUAGAAGGAUUGAGAAAGUUCCGAAGACAAAUGACGAUAGAAGAACAAGUUCAAAAGUCUAUGUCUCAGGCCAAUUUAGCAGCACCAGGCGCUGCAGUUGCCGAGGUUCCAGCUGCUGAAGAAGAAGAAAUUGAUGAAAUGGAUGACAUUGAUAGAGUGAGGGAUGAUCUUCAAUCAACUAAACAGCUUUUAGCGAUAGAGUUAAGAAAUAAGGAAGCGCAAGAAAGGGAAAAUAAGCGACUUUUAACAAGGAUACAAAAUUUGGAAGCCGAAUUAGCGCGUGAAAGAGCAUUUAUUAAACAGGAACAACACAAAACAGUUAUAUCGGUCACAGAUGCCUACGAUGAAAGAUUAGUGAAUAGUUUAAAAUUAGAAGUAGAAAAGGCUAAGGAAACAGCUGACAGUUUGCAGAAACAGUAUUUACAGGCAGCUGAAGAUCGUGAUGAUGCGCUAACUGAGUUAGAGGAAGUUAAAAGGAAAAAUUCUGAAUUAGAAAAGAAAUUAGAGCAGGCCCUAUCGUAUUUCGAGGAAUUUGCUAAUUCAGGGGACUCAUUGUCAGUCAAUCAAAAGAACUGGUUAGAUUUUAUUAAGCAAUGCAAGUCGUCAAAUAUAGACAUAACUUCUCCAGAAGCAGAAGAACUCAAAAAAAAGAUAAUAGCUAACAAUAACGCUUCCGCUUAUACUAACAAUUGCCAAGAAGAUGAGGGUAUCAUGCCAACAAAUGUGGGAUCGAGAAGAUCCAGUCACGCUAUUAAACAGUUAUCUGUUACCAAAGAUGAUAGCUUUGAAGAGGAAGAGGAAUCUGAUGACGAAGAAGAAGAAUCAGAGGAAAAGAAACAAAAGCGAUUGGAGAAAGAAGUCCGUAACAUGCGAAACAAGAUUAGGCAUUUGAAAGAAAAACAAGAUAAUAUGAAAAGAGAACGAAUGGCCUACAAGAUGUCACUAAAGAACACGCAAGCAGCUUUGAAGAAUGAGAAAAAGAAAUAUAAAGAGCUCAAGCGAGAGGUCGAUAAAAUGGCUGCUAUGAUGAAGGAAGUUGGGUCUGACGAAGAUGAAGAUGAAGAAGUUGAGGAAGAGGAAUCCGAGGAUGAAAAGAAGAGUGGAUCCGAAGAGGAGGAAACGGAAACUGAAACAGAACAAGACACAGAAAGCGAGACCGAAAGUGAAAGUGAACCUGAGGAUGCACCUCUGCCAAAGAAGAAAGAUAACCUAACUCAACGACUAAAAAGACACGAAACAAGAGUGAACGCGUUGAAAAAGGGCAAUACGUUGUUAAUGGCAAAUGUAGAUAGGCUUAAAGAUGACGUCCUCAAGCAAAAAGAAAUGUCCCUUACUCUACAGAAAGAGUUGGAUUCUCUCAUCGACGAUCUCGAGUAGACUGUACAGUUUAUAAAUGACUCACUUUUGUACUUUUAUAAAUACCAAAAAUUAGAUAACUAUUACAUAAUGAAUCUAUUAAUUAAACUUUAUUUGUGA